AUGAACCAAGUGACUUCCAAUAGCAACAAGGAGAAGAAGCUGACGACCACAACAAACAUUAAUACUGUAAAUACUGCUCCCACAAACUCCACCUCUGUCAUUAACGAUAAACUUAAAAAAGAAGUAGAAGAUAAAGUGGAAGAUAAAAAUGAUAAUAUUACAACGACUACAACUACAACAACAACAAACAAUAGCAAAAAUAACAACAACAAUAAUGAUAAAGAUGAAAUAAUAUUGUUUCAAAAAUGUAUCAGUGGAAUUCAAGAUCAAGAUACUGAUACAGAGUCAGAGGUGGAGUCAGUAUUCAAUAUCGGUGCCGAGUCGUUAUUGAGCAGCAGCAGCAGCAGCAGUUCUGGUGAUAUGCAAUCACUCAGCUUUUGGAGGAGAGACUACAACGAUCUAUCUUGGCGAUGUCGUUGGCUAGAACUUCAAAUCAGAGAUCUACAGUAUCAAGGUUAUCUCUGUGAUCAAUCAUAUCAAAAAUUAAGAAAAUCAAAACAAAAAGUAGAAAGAGUUGAAAUAGAAGGUACGAUGAAGGUGUUCAACGAUGAAACAGGUCAGGAAGAAGAAAUUGAUAGGCAAGGAUCGUUGAGAACCGACGGAAUGGUGCUACCCAAGAAACUGAGAAGAAUGAUCAAGAGACAACCUCCCAUCCUCAGAAAACGUCAGAUCCGAAAGGAAACUGAAACUCAUCCAUUAUACACAUUGGACAAACAAUAUUAUAAAUUUGAAUCACAGUUAAAACAAACAAUAAUUGAAUCGAAUCAAGAUGAAUAUAGUAAGAGAAGACCAAAGAGACCAAGAGUAAAGAGAUUCGAUCAGGAGCAUGAUGAGCGAUUCCACCUGUUUGAGAGUGAGAGUGAUGGUGAGAUUGAUAUUGUAACGAUUCCACAGCCAAAACCGCCAAAGAUAUCUUUGAGCGAAUCACUGAUACAACAGACUAAAGAUUCAGAGCAGUCAAUUGCCAACAAUGAAAAGGGAAGAAGAAAGAGAGGUAGAAGACCAACUACUACCAACGCCACUUCCAUGUCAUCAGCAUCGUCAUCUUUAUCAACAACAGAGUCAGCAGAGACUUCAUCAAUAGUACAACAACAACAACAAGUAACAUCAACAACAGGAAACAAAAGAAGAUCAAGAUCAUCAUCAAAUUUAGAUAGUAAACAACAAAAAACAAAAGGAAAAGAUAAAGAUAAAGAAAAGGAAAAGGAUAAAGAAAAAGAAAAGGAGAAGGAAAUAGGUAAAAAGCAACAAACUAAAGAGAAAAAGACAACUUCCAACAAAAGAAAGAAGGAUGAAGAGGAGGAAGUAGUAAUGCAAGCAGCUUUGAAUGAUGACGAUGAGAUAGAAGAUAAUCAAGAUGAUGACUACGACGAUGACGAUGAUGACGAUGAAUCUAGUUUCGAUGAUGAGUUGUCUACUUCGGAAUCUUCGUCUUCUGAUUCUGACAGUGGAUUCUACAAUCGUGGAAGAGGAAGAGGAAGAAGAGUUAGAAAUGGUGGUGGUUCAAACUCGUACGAUGUCGUCUUGAACGUUGGUUCCAACUUUCAUAUACCUGUCGUUCAGUACAAGGAGAUUAUCACACCAGAGUGGAGAGAAGUUGCUUCCUCAACCGUACUCGAUAACAAGCAACAGAAUCUCUCAAUGCCAUCACCUCUGUUCCUAGCCGAUAGAUCAUCACUGUCAAGCUUGGAAACACCAUCCGAAUACAGUCUUCAACCAAUCGCAGAGAAUGACAAUGAAAAGGAUGACCAUAUCAUUGACAAGCCAACGUCAACAACACCAACCAUACCUGAACAGCAACAGCAACAACAACCACACAAUGAAGGUGAUGAUAAUGAAAAUAUCAAUGUUCAUAUCGAUGCAGGUAUGGAAAUACCGGAAUUGAAACAUAUCGAUACUGCCGCUCUCAAAUCUAAAGAACCGAAAUUGAAAUUUACACAAAUUGAUGAAUCAAAUGAAUCAACAACUAUCAACAGCAAUAGCGAUAGUAAGAAAGAAGAUGGUGGUGAAGAUGAUGAAUCUGACUCUAUCGAUGAAGAUGACACUGACGAUGAAGCAAUUGCAAAGAGACAUGCAGUUUGUGAGGUUGGCGAGAGAUAUAGAUUCUUCCAGCUAAUUCAAUCUACUCCGGUGUCGAGACGUAAGAAAGUGUCGCCGGAAUUCAAUUGCACGGUUGAGGAGCUCUUGCCAAGCUAUGUCUUCUCAAAGAAGUAUAUUAAACUGUUGGGACCAACAUGGCAUGGUGAGAUCAAACGUAAGAAGAAACAUCACCACCAUCAUCAACAUCGACAUCGUGAGGAAGUAGAGGUGGCCGAUGGUGACGGAACUGACGACGAGCAAGAGAAGCAGCAUCUUCGUCGAAGAAAGAUAUCCAGGAUCAAAUCAACAGGUGAUAUUUCCAAAGGAAAAUCAGCAGAUAACAAGUCAACUUCCACAACUACAACCACAACCACAACAACAACACCUACAAAUAAGCCAAUGAGAACUCGUUCAUUUACUAGACAACAGCAACAACAACAUCAGAGUGAAGAGAGUCAUGAAAAUCAUGUUGGAAGUCGUAGAAAACUUGCAAACAACAGAUCGGUAUCUACUCCGAAUCUAACACACAGUGCAGGUAGCAGUGGAAGUGGAACAACACCAAAGAGACAAACUGGUCGUAGAAAGAGACAUAUUGAGGAAGAGCAAGAGCAGCAGCAACAACAACGAGAGCAGGAGUCAACAGUUGUCGAUGAUGAGUCAGAUGGUGAUAUGAUCGUUGACAAUGUCAAUGCCUGGUGGAAUGACAAUUCAUUCAUUUGGAAAGCAAGUGUGCUCAUGGGAGACGAGGAAGAACCUAAACAGCAACCUAAACAACAUAAACAAACAGAAAAACAAACACUACAUAAACCACUUUUACUUAGACUCAAAAGAGUAAAAUCAGAACCAAAUAUACCAGAGAUAAACUCAACAUCAUCAACUGUACAGUCAAACCAACAACAACAACUAUCACAAUCACAAACAAUUAUAUAUAAUAACGAUUUAUCAUCAACUUCAACAACCACAUUUACAAGUAAUCAUAUCAAUGGUAACAGCAUCAGUAAUAGCAUUAAUAACAACAACAACAGUAUAGGCAAUGAUACCAAAGAUUCUUUCAUUGUCAAUCAAAUAGAUAAAGCAACCGAGAUAGUCAAUAGCAAAGAUAUAAUUAUGGAUGAUGUAGAUACAAAUAUAAAAUCAACAUCUCUAAGCAAAACAUCGACAACUUCAACUAUUACAGAUGAAUUAGAUCAAACUACCAACGAUAUGGCAGCACCAAAUACCACAAUGUCAGCUACCGAAGCAAUUUAA